AUGGGGCGCAGAGCAGAAAGACUGCGACGCGACCGCGACCGCGAACGAGAACGGCGGAAGCGUGCGGAGCAGAAGCGUCGCCAGGACCGCGAACGUGAGAGGCAGCAGCGCAAGCAGCGCCAGCUCGCUCAACGCUACGAGCAACGCCUCCGUGAGGAGCAAAACCGCGUUCUAGAGAAUCAGCACAAGCAGGACCUUAUCAGAAAUCAUUACGAGCGAGAAGUUUCGCGGGAGCGCCAUCAGAGAGAAGCCGAUAACAUCAGAAAUCAUUACGCGCGGGAAGUUUCGCGGGAGCGCCAUCAGAGAAAGGUGGAUAACCUCAAUGCUCAGCACGUGCAGGACCUUGUCAGGAAACAUUUCGAGCGAGAAGUUUCGCGGGAGCGCCAUAAGAGAACGGUCGAUAACCUCAAUGCUCAGCUGAGCAAGAUGGAACUAAAUGGGGUCAUCUCGAACUUGAACCUUGUUUUAAACAUUAUGUUAGGAGGAGGGAGUCUGCCACCGGGCAUUAGCCGGAUGAUAACCUCAGGAAGUUCACCACCCCUUCCUAGCAGCGGUAACCCAACCGCUGAUCCCGGAACCUUCAGCGGCGGAAAUGGGAUGAAUACGGUCAACAUGCCAGAUCCCAAAAUCGUCACUCCCAACAGACGGAAACGCAAUGGACGCGGCGGACGAGGUGGAGGCGGCCGGCGAGGUGGAGGCGGCCGGCGAGGUGGACGAGGCAGUAGAGGUAUAAAGAGCUAA